AAGAAGAGGUAGAGUUGCAUCCGUUUCUCCACAGAGACCAAUCGCGAGUCGUGACCCAUCCAACCUUCGCUGCUGCCGCCCAAUCCUAUAAAACCGCCAGAGUAUAUCUGCAAUCCUUUCUUCGCAAAUUGCUUUUUGUUCGCUUUGCCCCCUUCCCACCCCGCACCGCAAGCCGCCGGGCGCUCGAAUUCGCCGAGGGCAACUCGCGGAAGAGGAACCGCCAAUCCGACCACCCACGAUCAAUCUCGCCGCCGCCGUCUUCAUCCUGCAGCCUGAUUUUUUUUUCCUGGGUUGCUUCGGGUUUUAAUCUGGGCGGAGGCGCUCCCCGUCGUGCGGUGCGAGUGGCACGAGGCCCUAAUCUAAGACCUAGGCCUCUGGAAGUUGAAGGGGUUUAAUCGUAGCGGGCGGGUUUCUUCUACCGCGCCGCCGCCGCCGCAAUUUGCUGCGCAUCACCAUCGGCGGCCUCGCCGCCAGCAGGCGACCGACGGAACGCGGCAAAGUCGGGCCCUCCUUCCUCCCGCCGGGGUCAUCUCACGUCGGGAGGCGACGCCCCCUCCCCCCUCCCCGCCCGCCCUUCACUGAUUCGUCUUCUCCAGCGCGCAGGAGCAAUCUACCCGAGACGCGGGCAGGUGCAGUGUUCGUUCUCCCCUCUCCGCGACAAUUUUGGAGGUUCAACUGAACCCCCAUGCCCUACGUCAGGUCCGCCCCUGGCCCGGCCUUGCAACCGCGGCCAGUGGGUGGAUGGUGACUGGUGCCUGCCGCCAUGGGGCAGGAAACUCCAGCAUUUAAGCCACAAUGGCUGAUGCAGCCUCUGGGCACGGUCAAUGCCGCUGGCGCAGCAAGCCUCUGGGCUGCAGCCUCCUCCCGCGCAGGUAAGGGUGGUUCAUCAAGUAAUCAUUCAUCUGGUCAUGACUGUGACCGUAGUUCCCGGCAGUCUUCAUCACCGAGGAGUUCAGGCUUGAAUGGAUCCCGGCAGUCUGGCCACGAUGGAAUAGGGAAGUCAAGGGGCUAUGCCAAUUUUGGAAGGAACAAGGAAAGGGACCGGGGGAAGGAUUUUAAUUCCCGUGAUAGGGAGAGUAGGUCAGUUGCUGCAGAUCAUGAUGGUUUCGAGUCAUUUAGCACAUGCAGACCUGAAAGGGAUAGGUUGACUCGUACCCGCUUGAAGGGAGACACAUGGAGUAAGGGAGUAGUUAGCCUGAAUAAUGGUAGUAGAAGUAAUGCUGAUGUUAGUUCCUCUACUAGAAGCAAUGAUAUUAUUAGUAGUUCUGAAAGCAAUACUGAUGUCCAUGCCUCUGUCAGCAAUGCUGCUAUCAGUGCCUCUGUCAGCACUGCUGCUGUCAGUGCCUCUGUCAGCACUGCUGCUGUCGGUACCUCAAGAAACAAUGCUAUUGGGAUAGCCUUUGAGCGAGAAUUUCCAGCGCUUAGUUCAGAGGACAAGAAUAGAAGGCAAGGCGUAAGCAAAGUCCCAUCUCCUGGUAUCAGCACUCCAAUUCAGAAUGUACCUCUGGUAAAUACAUCUGAUGGCUGGAACUCCGUGCUAGCAGAUAUUCCUAUGUUAAAUGAUACAAAGAAAAGCCCAGAUGCGUCUUCUGUACUACAAACUGCUCCUAGUAAACAGACUGAAGCAGUGCCAAAAAGUGGGAGUGCAUUAAGUAUGGCGGAGACAGUAAUGCAAGUUCCUCUGAGAAUUUCCAUUGGGCCUCAGUUAUCGAUCGAGGCUCAGAAGAUUGAAGAAAGAACCUUAAGACAAUAUGCUCUAAGACCUCUGACGCCUCCAUCAAGCAAAUCUUCUGUGCUAAGUUCCUCGAAAACAAAAACUGCAAGGACUGGAGAUCCUAGCGGUCCUAGUAAGACUGCACAACAAUUAAAAAUACAGUCUGCCAACGGUUCUGUUCGAGCUCCAGUUAAAACGGAUAUUUCAAAGCUUUCUCAGUCAGGAAGUUUUCAAGUCCUCAGUCGAGAGCAAAAUGGUACUGCAUGCACCUCCAAAGACUGUCAUAGCAAUCCUUUCAGUCCUCCAACUCCUUUGGUUUCAAUGGAGCCUCAGAAAAAGCCAGUUGUCAGCCAAAAGUUUAAGAUCGCCACCCAUGAACUUCCUCUGCCUCUUCAAGGUCCAUGUGGUGAUAGAAAAUCAAAUGCAAAAGAUAAGCUUAGAUUCUUUGAGAUGCUGCGGACCAAAUCUUCAAAUGGUUCAAGCACCGCCUUUGAGUCAGGAUGUCAGCCAUUCCCAUCCAGCUUAGUUGAUGCGAAACAGGAUUCUUCUCUUAAUCUUAGAAAUGAUUUCUCAUUGGUCCAAUCUGGAAUGAAAUGUAUGGGGAAUGGGAAUUGUUUCUGUGGAGAGGCAAAUUCUUCUGAGGGAUCUCAGAGACAUCUAUCUGACAACGAGGAAAAUAUUUCAUCUUUGAAACCAGAAGUUGCAGAUGGGUUGUUGCAGCUUCUAGUACAAAAGAGAGAAGUUGACUCAUCAUCUGAACCUGCUGACACAGGUGAUGAAGAAUUUCAGCUGUCCCUCUCAGACAGCGCAGAAAGUGGUUCGUCCUCAGCACCUGCAGAUUCAGAUGAUGGGUGCAAUAGAACCCAGUCUGGCAAUGAGGAAGCUAGGUCAUCAUCAGAGGACACAGAAUCAGGAGAUGAGGACCAUCCAGCAGAACCACCUCCUGAAGACAAGUCUUUUCUGAUAGCGCUUGGCUGGAGAGAAGAUGAAGUAGUGGAACCGUUGGGUUUGGAAGAGAUUGCGGACUCUGUAAAAGGCUGUGAGGAGCUUGCAAAGAAGCUUUGGUCUAUGAAGUCCAAUGCUAACGUCCAGAUCAUUCUCCUCAGUAUUUUUGGGCAGAGCUAAUGAGAAGCUGAAGUAGCAUAAGACCACGGGCUGUAGACAAUGGAAAUCUAGCAAAUUCUUUAGAAAGCAGGUAUGAGAGAUUGCGAGACCACAGGAGUUGUUUGCGAAAUGCAAUGCGUAAUCAGAUAUCCGAGUGAUGCUGGUUAUGUUACCAUACUGAGGACAGAUAGCGAUCUUUUUUGGCAUGAGUUUGUCUUGAUUGUAACAAGGCGAUAUUUUGCUUUUCUAGUGCUGCAUGUCCAACAGUUAGGGAUUUAGGAGGAUGGUUCACAGGUAGUUGUAACAAUUUUUUUUGCACAUUGAAAAGAGUUCAGGAUUUCCUCUCAUUCCCCCAGGAAUACCACAUGCAAGUCCGAUCCUGGAAUCUCAUGGCUGUGCUGCCCUUUGAAAUACCAGGCUUCCCACA